AUGGGGCAGUCGGCGUGCCGACCCUCGCAGCGCUACAGCAGUUCGGAGCCUGCCCCGGCCGAGAAGGUGUCGGCCGACCAGGAGGCCAGCGCGGCGUCCCAGAUGUGCUUCGCGGCGUCCGAGGGCGACAACGCCGUCAUGAGGAGGCUCCUGGCCAGGGGCGUGUCGGUGAACCUCUCGGACUACGACCGCCGGACAGCACUGCACAUCGCGGCAGCCGAGGGCCACCUAUCCACGGUGGAGCUCCUGAUUUCGGCCAGAGCCGAUGUCACCACCACUGACAGGUGGGGCCACACGCCACUGGACGGGGCCGCGGACAACAGCUUCACGGACAUCGUGGCGGCCCUGCGAGCAGCCGGUGGGGACCACGGGUUGAAGCCGCGCGGCCGCGAGGAGGGGUUGGACCGCAAGUCGGACAUGGCGAGGCCGGGCGUGGUCUCGAACAGCUCCACGCUGAGCGACAGCCCCGGGAUGGGUGCAACCCAGCAGGCGGAGCUCAAGGCGGACUCGGCUGGCUUGCAGCUGUGCUGCGCCGCGGCGGCGGGCGAUGCCGAAGCCGUUCGCCGCCUGAUCGCCGAUGGUGCCCGCGUCAACGCCACAGACUACGACGGCCGCAUCGCCCUGAACGUCGCCGCUGCGUACGGGCACCAUGACCUUGUGAGAGACCUUCUGGGCCUAAAGGCCGACGUGAGGCACAGAGACAACUUUGGGAAUACUGCGCUCUCGUCCGCGAUAAGUCAGCAGCACGAGGAGGUCGCGACCUUGUUGCUGAAGGCUCUGCAGGAGGGCAGUGGCGGAUCCGGGGAAAAGACGUCCUCCGUCGGUGACACCAGCUUUGCCCUGCCCGGCCAGGUCGGGGGAUUUGCUCGGGUGACCAGCGCUAGCACGAUGAAUUGGAUGAUACAGGAGAAGGAGGUCAAGUUCGGCCCCGUGAUUGCCAAGACUCUGAAGAGCGCCGUGCACGUGGCGGAGUGGAGGGGCAUCAAGGUGGUGGCGAAGACUCUGUUGAAGUAUAACGGGGGCGAGGGCGCAGCGCCGGAGGAGGAGGGGAUCGACAUCAGGGAGGUGCUGCACGAAAUCAGCAUCCUCUCCACAAUGCGGCACCCUGACCUGGUGAUGUUCCUCGGAGCCUGCAUCUACAGCGCGCAGCCCUUCCUGAUCUCCGAGUUCAUGGAGGGCGGGGACCUCGACCGCUACUACGACAGGAAGGCUUGCCAGCGGGGCUGUCCCUACAGGCCCGACGUGAGGCUCUUUCUCAGGUGGGCGAGCGCCGUUGCGAGGGCGCUGUGCUUUCUCCACAACUGCUCCUCUCCGAUCAUCCACAGGGAUCUCAAGCCCAUGAACCUGCUCCUAACCAAGAACAACGACCUCAAGGUGACCGACUUCGGCAUCAGCAAGAUCGUCAGACCGACCCUUGCGGACCAGUCGGCGGACCGCGCCCCCAUGAUGACGGGCGGCGUGGGCACGUGGCGCUACAUGGCGCCGGAGGUGGUGCGCGCAGAGCAGUACACGGACAGGGCCGACAUCUACUCCUUCGCGCUGAUCAUGUGGUUCAUGAGCACCGGGCUCCAGCCGUUCGUGGACCAGUUCGGGCCAGACGCGGAGCUCGUCCUGAGGGACUACCUGCGGGGCAACGAGCCGCGGCCGGGCUUCAGCAGCGCCGGCGGCCUCAUGGGCGGGAGCAGGUCCACGCCCGCGAGGCUGCGGCAGCUGGUGCAGGACUGCUGGCAUCGACGCGCGGACGCGCGCCCCUCGGCGCACCAGUGCACUGAGCGGCUGGCGGAGGCCACGACCCAGCUCGAGGAGAGCAGCUGGACGGCGCGCGCCGGAAAGGUUGUGGGCAUGCUGCGGUAG